UUGAAUCAACGAAACAAACAAAGAGAUAUUCUCUCUAACAACUCUGUUCCCAUAAAUCGAAAUUCUAGGGUUCUGAUUCAAAUGAACUCCUCCCACUUCAUUCACAAAUUUCGCCACUCUUCUAACCGAGAAGACAUGGCCAACGAGGAAGAAGAAGAAUCACCCACGGAGCUAAACACGAUCAACAGCUCCGGCGGUUUCCUAAUCGUCUCUCCCGAUAAAGUCUCCCUCAAGUACACCGGCGCUGGCCAGCACGGUCACGACGUCGGCGUCGUUCAAGCGAAUAAGCCUGCUCCCUUCAAGCGUCACGCUUACUACUUCGAGAUGUACGUCAAAGAUGCUGGCGUUAAAGGAAGGGUUGCGAUUGGUUUCACUACUGAUAACUUCAAAACCGGAAGGCAUCCUGGAUGGGAACUCAACACUUGUGGGUAUCAUGGUGAAGAUGGACUUAUUUAUCUUGGGAAAAGACAAGGUGAAGCAUUUGGUCCGGCGUAUACAACCGGUGAUACGGUUGGUGCCGGUAUAAACUAUGAUUCUCAGGAGUUCUUUUUCACUGUAAAUGGAACUCUGGUAGGGACUGUCUCCAAGUACAUCAAGGGUCCUCUGUUUCCUACUGUCGCCGUACAUAGCCAAAACGAGGAGGUUACUGUUAACUUUGGGCUGGAGAAGUUUGCUUUUGAUUUUAAGGGGUAUGAGGUAUCGGAGAGGAAUAAGCAACAAAUAGCCAUUGAAAAGACAUCCAUACCACCGAACAUGAAUUAUAGGCUAGUAAAAAAUUACUUGCUUCAUUUUGGGUAUGAAGAGACUUUUCAAGCUUUCAACCUAGCUACUAAAAGUACAGUUCCUCCUAUCUACUUUGCUCAAGAAGACGGUGUUGAGGUGCAAGAUACAGCAUAUGCACUGAAUGAGAGGAAGAUCCUUAGACAGCUUAUAGGGAAGGGUGAGAUUGAUGCUGCUCUUGCUAAACUCAGGGAUUGCUAUCCCCAACUUGUACAGGAUGAUAAAUCAGAAGUUUGCUUCCUCCUUCGCUGUCAAAAGUUCAUUGAGUUAGUACGGAUUGGAGCAUUGGAAGUAGCUGUGAAAUAUGGAAGAGUGGAGUUAGCCAGUUCAUUGGUUUAAAUGUAUUCCAAGACAUUGUAGAGGUAUUGACGCUUCUUCGACCUUAAA